AUGGGGUGGUGGGAACGUUGCCAAAGCUGAGUCAGGAAGUUUUAGGUUGGCCACCGGUGCAGGAAGUCUAGCUCCUGGGAAGGGAUAAUUAGUUGAGGUAGUUGAUUUAGGCAAUUAAUCUUCCCGGUCCCACCUCAGAGCAUUCUCUGGAUGUUUGGCAAGUAGGGUCAGUGCCUCAGGCUAGUGCGGGGUAGCUGGUGCGAAUACUGCUCCUGAUGGUCAAAUCCAGCCCACAGCCUAUGCCUGUCCCUCUAGCAAAGCACAGAUUCUCUUUGCAUUUUUAAACCGUUGACCAACGCAAAAGGAGAGUAUUUUGUGACACGUGCAGUUCCUAUUUCACUGCUCAUAAGUUUUACGGGAACACGGUCACACUCAUUCACUUACAUAUCGUCUGUGGCUGCUUUUGUGCCCUAUCGGGGAAGUUAAAGUAGUUGUGACAGAGACCGUGCAGCCUACAAAGCCUAAAAUAUUUAUUACCUGGCCCUUUACAGGAAAGGUUUGCUGCCCACCCCCUGGGCGAGUGGGAUACUGACGUAGGGGAUUUGGUUGGGGGAGAAAAUAGAGCUUUAGCAGCAGAGCCUUUGGAAACCAUGACAUUCAAGAUGGAAAUGUUAGUCCUGGAGCUGAUCUAAGUCUUGCAGGUGGGGGUGCCGCAGGCCUCAGAUGGUGACACUGUUCUCUAUGCGGCUGGGCUUCAGGUAGUCAUAGGGCAGGUCGAGUUGCUCAUUCCGGGCUGUAAUCUCUCUUUCCAGGCUUUCCAAAUCCGUUUGGAAUUGGUUUAAUACAGCCUUGGCCUUGGGGCUUGAGAAAUAUUUUUCUUUGUGAUGCCCCAGAGGCACCUAGGAAAGGACAAAGGAUCCAUCAGUUUCUAGUCCAGAGGCAGAAGCCUGGAGCGCCUAGCCCCUCACUCCGAUGUUGCCCUUCCAACUGUAAUUUUUCCCUUUUCCCAGAGUCCCCUCUUACCAUGUCUGGCUGGCGGCGCCCCAGAUGCCAUGUGAUGGUCAUUUGAAGACAGGCCUGUCGGACAUCAGGCAUCCCAAGGUCCAUACACUUGCCUCCAGGGACCUGGGCUUUCGGCUGUCAUACCUGGCCCUGGUUGAUGGCCCCGUGCUGAGCAGUGCAUGUGAAGACACACAUGGAGACGGAAAUCAAGGCGGACGUGCAGGAGUACCUGGGGCCGCUGCUGUUCGUGAAACUGCACAAACGGCACUUCUUUCAGGACGACGCCUGGUUCUGCAACUGGAUCUGGGUGCAGGGCCCCGGGCCCAGUGGGGACGAGUUCAGGUUCCCAUGCUACCGCUGGGUGGAGGGCAGUGGCAUCCUGAGCCUCCCCGAGGGCACUGGCCGGACCCUGGGAGACGACCCUCAAGGUCUGUUCAAGCAACACAGGGAGCAGGAGCUGAAAGAUAGGAGGAGGCUAUACCGCUGGGGAAACUGGAAGGAUGGGCUGAUCCUGAACAUGGCCGGGGCCACCAUCAGUGACCUCCCCAUAGAUGAGCGAUUUCUGGAAGACAAGAAAAUUUAUUUUGAGGCUUCGCUGGCCAAGGGGCUGGCAGACCUAGCCAUCAAAGACUCUUUAAAUGUUCUGACUUGCUGGAAUGAUCUGGAUGACUUCAACCGGAUUUUCUGGUGUGGCCAGAGCAAACUGGCUGAGAAGGUACGGGACUCCUGGAAAGAGGACGCCUUGUUUGGGUACCAGUUUCUCAAUGGCGCUAACCCCAUGUUGCUGAGGCGCUCCAAGCAGCUUCCUGCUCGCCUGGUGUUCCCUCCCGGGAUGGAGGAGCUGAAGGUCCAGCUGGAGAAGGAGCUCCAGAGAGGCACGCUGUUCGAGGCGGACUUCUCGCUGCUGGACGGGAUCAAGGCCAAUGUCAUCCUGUGCAGCCAGCAGCAUCUGGCUGCCCCUCUGGUCAUGCUGAAGCUGCAGCCUGAUGGGAAACUCUUGCCCAUGGUCAUCCAGCUCCAGCUGCCUCGCGUGGGAUCCUCCCCGCCGCCGCUUUUCCUGCCCACGGAUCCCCCGAUGGUCUGGCUCCUGGCCAAAUGCUGGGUCCGCAGCGCUGAUUUCCAGAUGCACGAGCUGCAGUCUCAUCUUCUGCGGGGACACUUGAUGGCGGAGGUCAUCACUGUGGCCACCAUGAGGUGCCUUCCAUCGAUACACCCUGUCUUCAAGCUUAUCAUUCCCCACCUGCGCUACACUUUGGAAAUUAACCUCCGGGCCAGGACCGGGCUCGUCUCUGACAUGGGAGUUUUCGACCAGGUGGUGAGCACAGGUGGCGGAGGCCACGUGGAGCUGCUCCAGCGAGCUGGAGCCUUUCUAACCUAUCGCUCCUUCUGUCCCCCCGAUGACCUGGCUGACCGGGGGCUCCUGGGAGUCAAGUCUUCCUUCUAUGCCCAAGAUGCCCUGCGGCUGUGGGAAAUCCUCGCUCGCUAUGUGCAGGGCAUCGUGCAUCUCCACUACAAGACGGACGAGGCUGUGAGAGACGAUCUGGAGCUGCAGUCCUGGUGUGCAGAGAUCACUGAGGUCGGGCUGCUUGGGGCCCAGGACAGAGGCUUCCCCAACUCCUUGCAGUCCCGGGACCAGCUGCGCCACUUUCUCACUAUGUGCAUUUUCACCUGCACCGGCCAGCACUCCUCCGCCCACCUGGGCCAGCUGGACUGGUACUCUUGGGUCCCUAACGCGCCCUGCACCAUGCGGAUGCCGCCGCCGACCACCAAGGAUGCCACCCUGGGGACAGUGAUGGCAACACUGCCCAACUUCCACCAGGCUUCCCUGCAGAUGUCCAUCGUCUGGCAGCUGGGCCACCGCCAGCCCAUGAUGGUGGCUCUGGGCCAGCACCAGGAGGAGUAUUUUUCAGGCCCCGGACCCAAGGCCGUGCUGAAGGAGCUCAGGAAGGAGCUGGAUGCCCUGGAGAAGGACAUCAAGACCCGGAAUGCAAAGCUGGACAUACCCUACGACUACCUGCUGCCCAGCCUGGUGGAAAACAGCGUGGCCAUCUGAGCGCCGCCUCCCACCCGAGCCACGCGCCAGCCCUCGGUGCUUGCCGUCCUGGCCCCCGCAGUCCCCACAUUGCCAAGAGUCCCCUUUCCGUGGUCUGUGCCCACGGUGGAUACAUUUUAUUCUAGACACUCUACCCCUCCUCCCUCAUCAUUCGGGUCUCCCCCCGGGGGCCG